AUGUCGAAAACACAAGUUGGCCAGAACCUCCAAGGGAGGCUGGGAGAAUAUAUCAUCAGUAGACAGAUCCAGGAGGCAGUUUGGUUCGCAGAAAAUCAACGCAAAGAAUCAGUUGUGAAUAUUCUGCAACGAUUCCGACGUUUGACGCCACACCUCAGAUCACUACCAGAUGAGGUUCAAAAGCCUGCCGAACCUCCCAUCAUUAAUACCCCUAAUCAAGAGGAACUAAAGCACGUGACAAGAUGUAUAUUAGAGUCAUGGAAUGUCAAACUUGACAAUAUCUUUCUCGGCGAUCUUCGUGGCUGUUAUAACGUUGAUAGUGAGUUCCCAAAGGGAGACGCUUGGAACACAGCAACCGAUAUAUGGUCUUUCGGCGCUGUGUUGAUCAGCUUGAUAUAUAGAAGUGACUUCAACCUGUUCCGGUCACGCACAAUUCAUUUUGGCCACAAAGAAUACAACCUGGAAGUUUUGAAAAAGCAGUUCCGUGAUUUCGGAUCCUUUCCAGCAAAGUACGAAGAAACUGCGAGCCCCGCAGUUGUCACGGCAAUCUUAUACCUGAUGCCUGAGAUUUCUCAAUCACAAACAGAUCCUUUUCCCUGA